GAUCGCAGGCAUCCACGUCAUCGUGUUCGGCAAAGUCGGUGAGCGGUACGGCACCGGUAGCCAGAAGAGCAAGGCUGAGCUGAGAAUGUCGGAUCAGAGCGGUUCCGGGGCCUCGGAGCCAGCGACGGGUCCUGCCUGGUGGCAGCCGUCCACCGGUCAAUCCUGGAAAUCGACGACGAGCGGUGCCAACAAUCAGCGCCCGCCCGAGCACGGGAAAAAUGUAUCCGUCACGACGAUCAACGUCCCACCACCGUCGAUUCACGAGAUGCACGACGGUAAAAGUGUCUGCAAGUAUCUGGGCGGCCAGAACGGCGUAACAGUCUCCGUCGUUUCGAGCUGUGGCCCGAGCACCAGCUCCAACGCCAUCGCCAACAACAACAACAACAACAACAUCAUUACCAGCAACAACUCUUCCGCCACGGAUGACGACGGGGACGGGGACAGCGACGGUGAGGUCAGUCGAAUCGACUUCCGGGGCGUAAACUUGCGCACGAAGAAGAAGCGCGACGCCCCCGGCGGUGGCCAGGAUGUGAUCGAGCACGAGCAACCCGAGCGCCCGAUGUCCUGGGAGGGCGAGCUCUCCGAUCAGGAGAUGUCCUCAAACACGAUCACCAACGACCACGAGGAGACCUCGAUGGAGGGCGUCCAGGUUUGCAGCGGCAGUAGUCCGUUGCACGAGCAAAAGUUCCCCAUCAAGCCGGAGCCGGAUUUCCGAUCGAGUCCUGGCCUCCAGAGCUUGGCCGGCCAACCUGGCAGCCUUAACGAAACGAUCGUCGCCGUGCCCCACGUCCAACAACAGAUUCACCAACAGCAGCAGCAACAACAGCAGGUUCAACACGAGCAGACGGCACAGCAGAGUGAUUUACCGUUGCUGGUUGACAAGCUGCUCGGCGGGUGCAACAGUUCAACCCCGAGUCACAGUCCUGUUCUCAUUCCCCGGCAUCAUCUCACCAAGCACAGCCACACCAGAUCUCAGGUGCCGUCGCCAGAUUCAGCGAUCCACUCGGCUUACAGCGUGUUCAGCUCGCCAACCCAGUCGCCGCACGCCGGCCGGCACUCGGCUCUGGGUCCCGGCUCACCAGUGCCCUCGUCUUCGCUCUCGCUUUCCCGGCACAGCUUCAACAACUCCAGCUCGUCCCUCUCGCUCUCCCUGUCGCACUCGCUCUCGCGCAACAAUUCGGACGCCUCGAGUAGCUGCUACAGCUACGGCAGCCUCAGUCCGCCCACUCACUCGCCGGUCCAGCAGCGCCACGCGCAUCAUUUACAGCAACAGGCGGCAGCUGGUGCGGCGGCCUUGCAUCUGCAGUCAAGUGCGGUGCAUCACUACGGAGCCGCCGCCGCAGCUGGUUUGUCGGCCGAUGCCGGGGACGCCCACCUGGAUGACCAGGACGACUGUAGGAUACCCUCGGCCCCAUCGGGAAUCUCCACGAGGCAGCAGCUGAUCAACAGCCCGUGCCCAAUUUGCGGGGACAAGAUCAGUGGUUUUCAUUACGGCAUUUUUUCAUGCGAGUCGUGCAAGGGUUUCUUCAAGCGUACGGUGCAAAAUCGCAAGAAUUACGUGUGCCUUAGAGGCGCUGGUUGCCCGGUGACGGUGGCCACGCGCAAAAAAUGUCCGGCCUGCCGCUUCGACAAGUGCCUCAACAUGGGCAUGAAACUCGAGGCGAUACGCGAAGAUCGGACCCGCGGCGGUCGCAGCACUUACCAGUGCACCUACACGCUGCCGGCGAAUCUCAUGGGUUCCGGCUCGAUGGCCGCGGGUGGCUUUGGCCAAGACAGACUGGCCCAAACUGGGCCCUGCAGUCCGGCAGCCGGUGGUGCCGAGCAUCACCAUUCCAUGAAGCAUCAUUCAAACCACUCGCACAAAGUGCAACUGGUGCCCCAGCUGCUGCAGGACAUUAUGGAUGUCGAGCAUUUGUGGCAUUACAACGAUAACGACAGACUCGGCGCUAGUCAGGCUAUGGGAUCGCUCAAUCUCGCUCAGUCCCUACCGAACAUGGCCACCGCAGACUCGUUGAGUUCAUCUAACGGUCUCAAUGGCAACAGCAGUAGCAGUGGCACGAGCGGAGUUGGGGGUAGUGGUGGCGGCAGUAGCAGCAACAGCAGCUGUCAAAGCGAACUUGCGCGACCGUCGCCUUCCAACUCGUCAACGCCUACGCCGAGCCACGAACAGCAGCAACAACAGCCUUCCGCCAAUCAGCAAUCGAGUUCGAUAGAUAGCAGCAAUCCGACUCAGCAUCCGGAUUUUCUCUCAAAUUUGUGUAACAUAGCCGAUCACCGGCUCUACAAGAUCGUCAAGUGGUGCAAGAGCCUGCCAUUGUUUAAAAAUAUCUCGAUAGACGACCAGAUUUGUCUGCUCAUCAAUUCCUGGUGCGAGUUGCUACUGUUCUCCUGCUGUUUCCGCAGUAUGAGUACACCAGGCGAGAUUCGAGUCUCGCUGGGGAAAUCUAUAACGCUCGAACAGGCCAGAGAACUCGGGUUGGCCACGUGCAUCGAGAGAAUGCUUGCGUUUACGAACAAUCUCAGGCGGCUCAGGGUAGACCAGUACGAAUUUGUAGCCAUGAAGGUGAUCGUAUUGCUAACAUCGGAUACGAGCGAGUUGAAAGAGCCGGAGAAGGUGCGCUCUUCACAGGAAAAGGCGCUGCAAGCACUGCAGCAGUACACCAUAGCGAGGUACCCGGAGAUGCCGGCCAAGUUCGGUGAGCUGUUGCUUCGAAUACCAGAUCUCCAGCGUACCUGCCAAGCAGGCAAGGAACUGCUCAGUGCAAAACGCGCCGAAGGCGAGGGCUGCUCCUUUAACUUGCUUAUGGAACUGCUUCGAGGGGACCACUGA